GUAAUAAUUCCCUAGGAUUAUCAAUUUCAUCGACUAUGACUGAUCUUUCCAUCCAUGAUCAAAUAAAGUUGGCAUCCGAGUGGGGUUACAACCAAGAAGAGAUCAUCUCCGCUCUGAAAGCCAACUCGAAAGAAGGUUCGAAAGAAUUCGAGCGAUUCGAGAACUUUGAUGUUAUGCUGGACAUUCUGAAUAAAGUGACAGGGAAAGGAGACUCCCGGUCGAGCAGGAAACAUAAUAGUCCAGGAGAUUUGAUGUCAAGCUCUGUGACAAGUUUACACCCGCAUAGUUCCAAGUCUCAUCGAAAUCUUUCGGUUGGGAGAUCUUCAUCGUUUCAUUUGUCAACUCCAAGAAGUACCCGCGACUCCCACGACAUUGUUCGCCUUCUCGCCACACUGGAAAGAGAAAAAGAACGUGAUCGAAAGGAGGUCGAUAGUCAAUUCACUAUUCUUAAGAAUAGAAUAAACCAUUUAGAAAAUGAAAAAGAACAGUGUUUGUCAGAAGUUCAAGAAUUGAAGCGGCUUCUGGAAGAUUCGGAGCAAGAUUUGAAAGAUUGUAAAGAUGAGAUGAAUAGGCUGAUGGAAGAGAGAGUAGAGACAGCUGAUGCACUUGAUAAACUGACAAUCCAAAACUACCGCCAACAACAAGAAAUUCACGACCAAAAAGAGCUGUCUGAGCAUCGUAAAAAAAUUUAUUCUGAAGAGAAAGCACGAAAAGACGAGGAGAUUUUGAACCUUCAAAAGCAGAAGACCGACGUCGAGAUGGAGCUGGAACGGAAGAGUAACCUGUUGGAUGAACAGACUAAUGUUACAAAACGAAUGGAGGAGAAAAGUUAUCAAUUGAAGCCAUUGGUGCUGCUCGAUGAAUUAACAAAGAAACACAGUCAACUUGUCGACCUUUCAACUGAAUUUUUGCCAAACAUCAAUGCUGUCAAAAUGCUCUACAAAGAAUUGUUUGAGAGUUUCCCACAACUAGAGACCAAUGUUCACGAAUCAAAACUCUCAAUGGAACGUCGUGUCGAGGAAGUCGAAGAGCAACUUCGAUCACGUAAUCGCGAUUUUCAACGUCUUCAGGAGAAGCUGGUAGCCGAGUGUUGCAUAUGUUUGGCAACAAAACCAUCAAUUGUUUUCAUGCCGUGUCGUCAUCUGAUCACAUGUUCCGGCUGCUACGAUGCAAGCGAUUUUCGAGAGUGUCCAACGUGCAGGUCGACAAUUGAAAAUUCAAUAACAGUGUUCAUGUGAACAAUACAACUAAACAUUUAUUUUGUUUUCAUAAAUGUUUUGAUCAAUUGGUAAUA